GUAUUCGAUAUGCAUAUACGGCUCCACAUGACAUGCAGGGCGGACGUACGCUUUGGGGAAUAAACGAAAGACAUCGGCGGGAUUUCUUGUCGCAUCCAUGUCCUCUGAGACGUCGACGAGCGAGCGUCCCUGUCUCUGUGAUUGAUUAAAACGCCUGCUCUUUGCUGUACCCUCGCCAUGGCGUCGUGUCUCUGCUCUCUCAGUAACAGAAAGUGGCCGCCUCUCUGCUGUUGCUGCCGACUCAAAGCUCACAGACUCGCUCGGCGCCUCAAACCGCCAUUUUGGAGUCAGAGAACCGAGAGUCGGCAGCAGCGGAGAGAGAGACGAAAAGGGGGACACGGGGCUGAGGGGAUUUCCACUGCUGUCUGAUCAUUAAUCUUGGAAUCAAGAACAAUGGCUUCCUUUACUGAGAAGUAAAAGUUUCUGCCCUGCCGGGCAGAGGUGUCUGUGGUGCAUGGCGUCCGGGCAGGGUGGCCGACUGGAGGCCGGGGCAUCAGGGAGCUCCGGCCUGGCCAAACCUCUCUACCUGCAGCGCUUGGAAAGAUCCCUGAGGUUGGACAGUUUCCUGCGCCAGACCGCCGCCAUCUUCAACGGAGACGUAACCAGUGAUGACAGCGAGGACAGCGACGGCGCUCUGGGGACCGGCCUCUCCCCGGACCCCUCGCUCGGCCAGCAUACAGCUUUGACCGUGAAGAGUGAGUCAUGCGAGCAAGGGGACAGGUUGUCCGAGGGAAAGCCCCUCAACGGAGUUCUGCUGCAGGGCAAAGACCAAAAGGCAGAUAAAACAAACCUCUACAAUUUCUCCAAGCUGAAGAAGAACAGGAAGUGGCUGAAGAGCAUUCUGUUGAGUGACGACACCACGGACUCGGACACGGACUCCGACGACUCGGACUUCAGCUUGUCCCGGGAGGAGCUGCACGACAUGCUGCGGUUACAUCGCUACACCAGGCAGCAUCAGAGCAAGUUCCACUCCGACCGGGAGCUCCACCAAUAUCAGUACUACAGCACUGGACUCCUCUCUACCCAUGACCCCUUCUACGAGCAACAGCGCCACCUACUGGGCCCCAAGAAGAAGAAAAUCAAAGAUGAGAAGAAAUUCAAGGGUAAAAAGAAGGCCAAACUGAAAAAAGUGAAGAAAAAGAAGAAACGGGGCGAGGGAGAGUUUCUGGACGACGGGCGUCCUUACAUCACCAAGAUCUUCGCAAAGUUUUCCCAUGAUGCUCCGCUGCCCGCGGUGAAGAAGAAGCAUCUCACCGUUGAGCAGCUGAACGCGCGGCGACGUAAGGUCUGGCUCACCAUCGCCAAGAAGGAGAUCCCCAAGACUUUCAAGCAGAAGACCUCUGCUAAGAACUUAGUCUUGACCAAUGCUAAAAAGUUGGCUCACCAGUGCAUGAGAGAGGUCCGCCGGGCAGCUAUCCAGGCCCAGAAGAACUGCAAGGAGACGUUGCCCCGCGCUCGCCGCCUCACCAAGGAGAUGAUGCUUUACUGGAAGAAAUACGACAAAGUGGAGAAGGAGCACAGGAAGAGGGCAGAAAAGGAGGCCCUGGAGCAACGCAAACUGGACGAGGAGAUGAAAGAAGCAAAGCGUCAGCAGCGCAAACUGAACUUCCUCAUCACCCAGACGGAGCUGUAUGCUCAUUUCAUGGGCGGCAAAGCCAGCAUGGGGGGCCCGGACGGGGAGACGUCUCAGGAGGAGAUUCUGAGGAAGCUGGACGACAGCGCGGCACACCGGCAGAUUGACAUUGGGGGAGGAGUUAUGGUCAACAUGGGACAGGAGGACUAUGCUGAUUGUGAUGCGAUUUCAGAUAGCGCUUACUACAAGUCCCAGGCCCUGAGGAACGCCAAGGAGGCCUUCCAGAUUCACCAAGAGAGAACGCGGAUGUUUGACGAGGAGGCCAAGGACAGCCGCUUCGCCUCCGUACGCGUGGCGGGCCCGUCCUCGGGCGCCGGCUCCGGGUUUGGAGAGAGCUACAGCCUCGCCAACCCGUCCAUCCUCGCAGGUGAAGAGAUCCCUCAGCCCGCCAUCUUCAACGGCAAACUCAAGGGUUACCAACUCAAGGGCAUGAACUGGCUGGCCAACCUCUAUGAACAGGGAAUCAAUGGCAUCCUGGCCGAUGAGAUGGGCCUGGGGAAGACGGUGCAGAGCAUUGCCCUGUUGGCACACUUAGCCGAGAAAGACAACAUCUGGGGCCCGUUCCUGAUCAUCUCUCCCGCGUCCACGCUCAACAACUGGCACCAGGAGUUCACCCGCUUUGUGCCCAAAUUCAAGGUGUUGCCGUACUGGGGGAACCCGCACGACCGCAAGGUGAUCCGGAAGUUCUGGAGCCAGAAAACCCUGUACACUCAAAACGCGCCGUUCCACGUGGUGAUCACGAGCUACCAGCUGGUGGUCCAGGACGUCAAGUACUUUCAGAGGGUCAAGUGGCAGUACAUGGUCCUGGACGAGGCCCAGGCCCUGAAAAGCAGCACCAGUGUUCGGUGGAAAAUCCUUCUGCAGUUCCAGUGUCGAAACCGACUGCUGCUCACCGGGACGCCCAUCCAGAACACAAUGGCUGAGCUGUGGGCCCUGCUGCACUUCAUCAUGCCAACAUUGUUUGAUUCCCAUGAAGAGUUUAACGAGUGGUUCUCCAAGGACAUCGAGAGCCACGCGGAAAACAAGUCCGCCAUCGACGAGAACCAGCUUUCCAGGCUGCACAUGAUCCUCAAGCCUUUCAUGCUGCGCAGGAUCAAGAAGGACGUCGAAAACGAGCUCUCGGACAAGAUCGAGAUCCUGACCUACUGCCAGCUCACAUCCCGGCAGCGGCUGCUCUACCAGGCGCUGAGGAACAAGAUCACCAUCGAGGAUCUGCUGCAGUCCUCCAUGGGCACGGCCCAGCAGUCCCACACCACCACCUCCUCCCUCAUGAACCUCGUCAUGCAGUUCAGGAAGGUGUGUAACCACCCUGACCUGUUUGAGCGCCAGGAGACGCGCUCUCCUUUCCACAUGUCCCUGAAGCCCUACACCAUGUCAAAGUUCCUCUACCGUCACGGCCUCAUCCACGCACACAACCAGGCCAGAAACAAGUUACUUCAAGUGCUGUUGUCUCCCUUCUCCCCAAAUCACAUCCAGCAGUCUCUUUUCCACAGAAAAGCUGAUGACAAAGGAAGCUGUUUCUCCUUCCUGCGCUUCAUCGACGUGUCACCGGCUGAGAUGUCCAAUCUCAUGCUGCAAGGGACCUUAGUAAGAUGGUUAGCCCUUUUUCUGUCCCACAAAUCUGCAUACCGGCUCCACCAUCAGCGCCUCUUCGGCCUUGAAGGAGGCGGUCCGGAGGAAGCCGGAGACUCGCAGGAGGAGACGGGGAGGUCGCAGCCCACGAGCAAGUGUCUGUCUCGCAAGGACCUAAUUCUGUGGCUGAACAGACCCACCAACUUCCCAAACACGCAAACCAGCUCCGUUGUACAGGACCUGGUGUUCACAGCCUUAAGGCCCGGCAUGAUGGGGCACGCAGACGUGAGGAUCCACAGUCGAAACUCUUCCACCUCUACGCUGCGGCCCUGCCAGCUCACACUGCCACCCAAGUUCCUGCUCGCCGCCACGCCCAGGGUGACGGCGGUUCCCAUGGAGCGGUACUGUGACGAUCGCAGUGCGGAGUACGAGUGGCGGGUGACGCGCGGUGGCGGGGGCACCGUAUUCAAACAGUGCUUCCUCUACGGCUCCCCGGAUCUCGCCUCAGACUGGCUCGCGAGGGCCAACGCGUUCCACCCACAAUGCCCCGGGGGUGUGAUGGCCCUCUACCCGCGGCACGGGUGGUCCUACAUCCGGAUACCUGAUAAGGAGAGCCUGAUCACGGACAGCGGCAAGCUGCACACCUUGGACAUCCUGUUGAGUCGGCUAAAGGCCCACGGACACCGAGUCCUCAUCUACUCCCAAAUGACCCGCAUGAUAGACCUACUGGAGGAGUACAUGGUUUAUCGUAAGCACACCUACAUGCGCCUCGACGGAUCCUCCAAGAUUUCUGAGCGCAGAGACAUGGUGGCGGACUUCCAGAGCCGGACGGACAUCUUUGUCUUCCUGCUGAGCACGAGGGCCGGCGGCCUCGGCAUCAACCUCACUGCUGCCGACACCGUCAUCUUCUACGACAGCGACUGGAACCCCACGGUGGACCAGCAGGCCAUGGACCGAGCUCACAGGCUGGGCCAGACCAAGCAGGUCACCGUCUAUCGCCUCAUCUGUCAGGGCUCCAUCGAGGAGAGGAUCCUGCAGCGGGCCAAGGAGAAAAGCGAGAUCCAAAGGGUGGUGAUCUCUGGAGGCAACUUCAAACCAGACACACUCAAACCCAAAGAGGUGGUCGGCCUGCUGUUGGACGACGAUGAGCUGGAGAAGAAACUGCGUCAGAGACAGGACGAGAAGAGGGAGCUGGAAGAGUGCAGCAAAGUGAAGGAGCGCAAGAGGAAGAGGGACAAGUACGCCGAGAAGCAGAAGAAGAACAACGAGGAGUCCGAGACCAAAAAGAAGAAGGAGGUGAACCUGGUCAUCUCUCAUGCGACCUCAGCGGACAACUCCAACCUCUCCGCAGACGGAGACGACUCCUUCAUCAGCGUAGAGAUGGACUCGGCCAUGCCCAGUCCCUUCAGUGAGAUCUCCCUGAGCAGCGAGCUCCAGCCCGGCUCGUUACCCCCGGACGCGGACGCGGACGAGAGCAGCAGCGACAUGCUGGUCAUCGUGGACGACCCCGUGUCCUCUGCGCCGCAGUCUCGAGCCACCAACUCCCCCUCCUCCGUGUCGGGGUCCGUCUCUGACAACAUGAACGGCAUCUCGGCCUCGGAAACAAUCAGCCCCGGCAGAGGCCGGUCCGGGCGGAGUCGGGGGCGGCCCAAAGGAUCCGGGGGCGGGUCCAAGUCGGGAGGGAAAGGGCGUGGCCGCAAGUCGACGGCGGGCAGUGCGGCGGCCAUGGCGGGAGCGAUGGCCGGCGCGGCGGCUGCUUCCGCAGCAGCUUAUGCUGCGUACGGUUACAGUGUCUCUAAAGCAGGCCUCGCUGCGUCCAGCCCCCUGCAGCCUUCCCUGGGCCGGUCCGGUACCAGCCCCGCCUUCAACCCCAGCAGGAGCUCCUCCCCACAGGCCAAAGGAGGCGCCUCCACGCCGAGCCCCCACAAACAGCUGGCCCACGGCCACCACCACAGCAGCCACGGCGCAGUCAGGAAGGGCAAGGGACCCGGUGGUCCCGGGGCCCGAUGAUGCACACUGAACACACACGAAUGUGCCCUCACACACACACACACACACACACACACACACACACACACACAUAAAACUGACCUACUCUCACUGUGAUCCCCACAGACCCCCUAUGCCUAAACCAAUAGGGAAUACAGUAUAAUAUAUAUAUAUAUAUAUAUAUAUAUAUAUAUAUAUAUAUAGUAACAGAGGCUCACUACCUGGAGGACCAUGCUGUGUCUGCUGGCAACUAAAAUGACCCUCUUCACACACACACACACAAUCAUUUAAAGGUACAGUCCCUACCAGCCUCCACAUUACUCGGUUCAAUCUUAUUUAAACGCGUCCGGGUCAGUGGACAAAAAUCCGCCUCGAGUAUAUACUCUCAAGUGCUUUUUUUUUGGGGGGGGGGGACAAGACAAGACUGUACCUUUUUUUUUAUUUUUUUUUUUAUAAAUGUCGACAGGGGACUCUUUUCAGUUUGCUCUCCGGCUGCGAUGUUACAACAUGAAGGUGCACCGACACAUGUAGCUUCAAGGGCUUUGAGACGCUUUGCCGGUUUAGGGAGUUACUGUCAAAUGCACUGAGCCACGUCUUCCGUCUUUUUUUAAAAUUUAAUUUAAUUUUUUUCUUUCUUUCUUUCUUUUUUUUUUUGUUUGUGUUGUUGAUUCUCACACAUGUACAUUAGGUUAUUUAAUUGUGGUGUAGAUAUGCUCAGUGCAAACCCGGUGGACGGUUCUUCAUGUCACAGAGCUGUGAACCGUGUGCCGUCCCACACUUUACCAAACGAUACGUCUACAGCUUUUCUACUAAAGCGCCUAUUUUUGUAAGAGAGGAUGAUGCGUGUGAGUACCCACACACACACACACACACACACACACACACACACACAUGCACACACACACACACACACACACACACUCACACCAACAUGGCAGGUCUUAUAACAUUUUUGAAAAUCUUUUGUCCAUCAAAAUGUUUUUUUUCCCGUACAGACGGAAAUGAAAAGUCUGUGAUUUAUAUAUAUAUAUAUAUUUUUUGGUCCGAUGGGAAAAUGAACGAAUGGAUGAUGUGAAAAUCGUAUUCCAAAACACGAGGGAGUACUGGUCGAUCCGGCAAAUGCUGCUAACGGUAAAAAAAAAAAAAAAAAACAUUUUUUAAUUCACUCAAGAUUAUUUGGUUUUGUCUUUAUUUAAGUUAUUUUGAGUUUAUGUUUAAAAAAAUACAAAAUAAAAAGAAUGGGCAAUUCGUGAUCGUUGGCGAAUGGGGUAUUCACCUGUAAAAACUGUGUACAUUGUACUGAAGCCAUUUUUAUUUUUCAGAAAUUGCUUCUUUUCUUUUUUUUUUUGUGAUGAGUCUGCGGUUCUCUUUGAUGUCAUUGAUGUUUUAGGAAAAGUUUGCAUCAGUGUCCUACGUUGAGCACUACAUCUGUUAUAGGCUUGUUUGUUUUGUGUUAAUAGUGUGAUUAAAAAUGGAUGUUCUAUAUUGCUGUACAUAAUGAUGAGGGCGACGUUUUCCCUUUUUGGCUUUUCCCUCAUUUGCCUGUCUAUUUUUAUAUGUCAUGUGUACAUAUGAAGAAAUGCGUCUGCCAUUUUACUAACAGGAGGAGCCAACUGAAAAUAAAAGAGUGCUUAAUCAGCCUUUCUGCUUUAA